AGACAGUUAGUUAAGUAAAGUUUGAAGCGCCAAAGUUAAUUUUGUUAUCCACAACCCUCAAGCCCUGUGCUUUCCAUCUUCAACAUCUCACCUUCAAAUUCACCUCCCUCUCCAACACACACACACACACACACACACACACCUGUCUUCUUCACCUUUGAAAACCUUGAAUUAAACCCAGAAACCCAAUUGUUUUCUUCACAUGUUCAGACCCAUAUGACCAAAAUGACCCUCACUCAACACUCUCUCCCCCCUAUCUUCUUCUUCUUCCCUGCUAAAACCCUAAUUAAAACCCCUCUUUUUCCUUUCAAGAAACCAUCUUUCGCCGAUAAUCGAAGGCUUUUGUUAAUCUCCUCAGCUCCACUGAGAGCUAAAGGCCGCGGGGAGCUCAUUCUUGGAACCCCUUCAGUCACUGUCGAAAAGGGUAAGUAUACUUAUGAUGUCGAAACGCUUAUUGAUAAGUUGUCUAGUUUGCCUCCACGCGGUAGCAUAGCUCGUUGUCUCGAUGCGUUUAAGAAUAAGCUUAGUCUUAAUGAUUUUGCUCAGGUUUUUAAGGAAUUUGCGCAUCGUGGUGAUUGGCAAAGGUCUUUAAGGUUGUUUAAGUAUAUGCAGAGGCAAAUUUGGUGUAAGCCGAAUGAGCAUAUUUAUACGAUUAUAAUUGGGGUUUUGGGGAGGGAGGGGCUUUUGGAUAAAUGCUCUGACGUGUUUGAUGAAAUGCCUGGUCAAGGUGUGUCGAGGAGCGUUUUCUCGUACACGUCGAUUAUUAAUGCGUAUGGGCGGAAUGGGAAGUAUGAGGUGUCUUUAGAGCUAUUGAAUAGGAUGAAGAAAGAAAAAGUGAUGCCUAAUAUUUUGACUUAUAAUACAGUGAUUAAUUCUUGUGCUAGAGGGGGGUAUCAUUGGGAAGGGUUAUUGGGUUUGUUUGCAGAAAUGAGGCAUGAUGGUAUACAACCGGAUCUUGUCACGUAUAAUACUUUGCUUAGUGCUUGUGCUAGUAGGGGUUUAGGUGAUGAGGCGGAAAUGGUGUUUAGGACUAUGAAUGAUGGCGGUGUAGAGCCUGAUAUUACUACUUAUAGUUAUUUAGUGGAGACUUUUGGUAAAUUGGGUAAGCUUGAAAAGGUUUCUGAGCUACUUAAAGAUAUGGAGUCUAGCGGGAACUUGCCUGAUAUAACAUCUUAUAAUGUGUUACUAGAGGCGUAUGCAGAUUUAGGUUCAAUUAAUGGAGCAAUGGGUGUGUUUAAGCAAAUGCAGGCUGCUGGGUGCAUGCCUAAUGCUGGGACUUAUAGUAUUCUGUUGAAUUUGUAUGGAAAGAAUGGGAGGUAUGAUGAGGUUCGUGGGCUGUUUCUUGACAUGAAAGUGAGCAAUACGGAGCCGGAUGCGACAACUUACAAUAUACUGAUUCAGGUAUUUGGAGAAGGUGGGUAUUUCAAGGAAGUGGUUACUUUGUUCCAUGAUAUGUUAGAAGAGAACGUUGAGCCGAACAUGGAGACUUAUGAAAGUUUGAUCUUCGCUUGUGGAAAAGGAGGGCUUUAUGAAGACGCCAACAAGGUAUUGCUUGAUAUGAAUGAGAAAGGAUUGGUCCCUAGCCCGAAGGUUUAUACUGGGGUUAUUGAAGCUUAUGGGCAAGCCGCACUGUAUGAGGAAACUAUAGUUGCUUUUAAUACGAUGAAUGAAGUAGGGGGAAAGGCUACCAUUGAGACUUACAAUUCUCUGAUUCAUGUGUUUGCAAGGGGAGGACUGUACAAAGAGUCUGAAGCAAUCUUCUCUAGGAUGGUUGAUAACGGUGUUAAAAGGAGUACUGAUUCAUUCAAUGGUGUCAUUGAAGGAUUUAGACAAGGAGGCCAAUAUGAAGCGGCUAUAAAAGCAUAUGUUGACAUGGAAAAAGCAAGAUGUGAACCUGACGAACGAACCCUUGAGGCUGUUUUAAGCGUUUACUGUUUCGCAGGUUUGGUUGAUGAGAGUGAGGAGCAGUUUCGGGAAAUGAAAGAAUCCGGCAUAUUGCCCCCUGUUAUGUGCUACUGCAUGUUGAUAGCCAUUUGCGCUAGGAAUGACAGGUGGGACAGUGUAUCGGAGUUGUUGGAUGAGAUGGUAACACAAAAGGUAUCCAAUGUCCACCAAGUGAUUGGCCAGAUGAUUAAAGGAGAUUAUGAUGAUGAUUCUAACUGGCAAAUGGUAGAGUAUGUCUUCGACAAACUCAAAACUGAGGGGUGCGGUUUAGGUUUGAGGUUUUACAACACACUUCUGGAAGCGCUUUGGUGGCUAGGCCAGAAGGAAAGAGCUUCAAGAGUGUUAAUUGAAGCAACCAAGCGAGGGCUAUAUCCUGAACUCUUUCGUAGCAACAAACUUGUAUGGUCUGUGGAUGUACAUAGGAUGUCACCGGGUGGUGCUUGCACAGCAAUAUCAGUUUGGAUGAACGACAUGGUCAAAAAAGUUUCUAGGGGUGAGGAUCUUCCUCAAUUGGCAACCGCUGUGGUGGUACGAGGCCAGAUGGAAAAAAGUUCAAUAACACGAGAUUUUCCAAUUGCGAAGACUGCCUAUUCUUUCCUGAAGGAUAAUGUUUCAUCUUCUUUUGUUUUUCCUGGGUGGAACAAAGGGCGAAUAAUCUGUCAGCGGCCUCAGCUUAAACGUAUUUUAUCUGGCAAGGACUCACCUUUAGGAGCCAUAAAAGGCGAAGAUAUAAUUCCUCUAAGCAACUCCCCUUUUCCUCCGGAAAAAAGAGCAACCAUAGAUAACAGCAACAGAAGUCAAAAUGGGAACGUAGAGAAGGGAACAAAAAGGAGAAGCAAACCAGAGCUUAUGACAAGUGGAGUUUAGGUCAGCAAACAGAUGGCAAUUUAGCAAUCAGCAGUUAUGUUCGGUACUGGAUUGUUCUACCCCAGUCAGUUGAAUGUAGCCAAAUUGUGAUACUUUCUGCUGUCACUGGUUGAGCGCAGAAUGAGCUAGUGAUAUAUGUCAGAGCCGGAUGUGAACAACCAGGUUGCGGAAAAACAAUUACACUAGCUUCCAUAGUUUUAGCCUGGUGAAGUCUAGUUGGGGUUGUGACCUGGUGAUUUAAGCCAAUUUUGAUCUCGGGCUUCAUCUCUGGUUAAGAAUACAGAGAUGAUGAAGAUUUAUUUGAGAAGUCCAACAAGAACAAUGUCGUGUAUAAAUGUACUUUGUUCUGUAUAAGCUUUGUAGUCGUAUAAGAGGCAGUUAGGGCUGAAAUUGGCGCAUCAAUAGUUAUCUGUGUCCAUUUGAAUAUGAAAAAUAAAUGAUCCAACUAAACUGUGA